CAUAACACUGCAAGCAGGGAGCGCACUGUUGGAACUCCCAAAACUUGAUUUUCUUUUUAAAAAACUUUAAAAAACUUUUAGUUUGAACAAUAUGUUUUGGUCUUUGUGCGUAAUCGUAGCUUUUGCGUCAUUGCCAGCAGACGCGCAAAUCAACAGCCGGUAUGUUAUCGGAUGUCCUGCUCGGUGUGACAAGUCGAUGUGUCCAAGGGUACCAAAAACAGACUGCCCUGCGGGACAAGCCCUCGACGCCUGCCACUGCUGCCAGGUGUGCGCGUCCGCGGAGGGCGAAGCUUGCGGCGGCAGCGGUAAGCUCGGGGACCCGGUGUGCGGAGAGGGGCUUGAGUGCUCGGUGUCCGGCGGGGUGGUUUACUCUGUGACGGUGAGGAGGAGAAGUAAGAGCGGGACUUGCGUGUGCAAAGCCACCGACCCGGUUUGUGGAAGCGAUGGGGUGUCUUACCGAAAUAUCUGCGAGCUGAAGAGGGUCAGCCGCCGCGCGCAGAAGCUGCAGCAGCCACCUGUACUCUUCAUUCAGCGGGGAGCCUGCGGGAAAGCUCAGGACAACCCAGACAGCCCAAGACACAAAUACAACUUCAUCGCUGACGUGGUGGAGAAAAUCGCUCCGUCUGUGGUUCAUAUUGAACUUUACCGCAAGAUGACCUAUUCCAAGCGGGAGGUGGCAGUGGCCAGUGGUUCUGGCUUUGUUGUGUCAGAAGAUGGCCAGAUCGUGACCAAUGCCCACGUCGUGGCCAACAAGCACAGAGUGAAAGUGGAACUAAAGAAUGGCGGCACCUAUGAUGCUAAAAUCAAGGACGUGGAUGAGAAAUCAGACAUCGCCCUCAUCAAGAUCGAUGCACCUACCAAGCUUCCUGUCCUGUUGCUGGGCCGUUCGUCAGACCUGAGGCCGGGGGAGUUUGUGGUGGCUAUUGGCAGCCCGUUUUCCCUCCAGAACACCGUCACAACGGGAAUUGUCAGCACCACUCAGAGAGGGGGCAAAGAACUGGGCCUUCGCAACUCGGACAUGGACUAUAUUCAAACUGAUGCCAUCAUCAAUUACGGCAACUCUGGAGGGCCUUUGCUAAACCUGGACGGCGAGGUGAUCGGAAUCAACACGCUGAAAGUGACAGCCGGCAUCUCCUUCGCUAUUCCCUCAGACAAAAUCCAAGAGUUCCUGGCUGAGUCCUAUGACAGACAGUCCAGAGGGAGAGGAGCCGCCAAGAAGAAGUAUAUCGGUGUGAGGAUGAUGACUCUUACUCCAGCGCUUGCCAAAGAGCUGAAGACUCGACACCAUGACUUCCCUGACAUCACCUCUGGAGCUUACGUUAUGGAGGUCAUUGCAAAGACUCCAGCUGCAACUGCUGGACUAAAAGAGCAUGAUGUCAUCAUCUCAAUAAACGGCCAGAGGAUCUCAUCAGCCACUGAUGUCAGUGCCGCCAUCAAGACUGACGACACCUUGACAGUAGUUGUGCGCCGUGGAAAUGAGGACGCUAUCCUAACGGUCGUUCCCAUGGAGAUUGACCCUUGACCCUCCACAGGAAACACCAUAGGAGCUGGAGCUAGUUUUUAUACUCAUUACCAGUGGACCUUAAAUCGAGGGGUGGGGUGGAGGGGGGGCUUCUACUGACACCCCUUCUCCUCUGUGGCCAUGGGCCAGUGAUGCCACACACCCUGGACAAGCCUGGCUUUGUCUUGAAAAAGAAUGUAUGGAAGGUCAAAGUGGCCAAAAUGGUAAUCAUUUUUUGAAUUGGUUAUCUCAAAAUCAUGAGUUUAUUAUCUGGAAAUAACAAAAGGUUGUUUUCUCAUGUUCACAAGUAGGUUUUUAUUAAUCUCAUCAUCAUUAAAAACACAAACAGAAUUUGACAAGUCAUUUAUCCCAAGAAAAUGAUUUCCAUUAUACAAGGAUCAGUGAAUAAUUAUGGAGAACUGAUUUAUAUCUUCUAGAUGUCUGUCAUAACUCACAAGGGGAUAUUUAAAUACACAUUCUUAUGCUGACUGCAUGUAAAAAUUGGGUUGGAAUACUGUUUGAUUCUUUAAAAACAAUAAUGAGUUCUUCUUGAUGUGAAAUGUAUCAUGCAUGAUUGCAUGGGACUCCUCAUCUCUGAUAAACGUUAAUAAAAGGAUUAAACUAUAAUUUCCUCUUCUACGGUAAAGACAUAAUUCACUUUUAAUCUUUUAUUAACAGCAUUUGAAUAAUAAUUGCCAGUAGGCUUUUCUUGGUUUCCAUAGGAAAGCCUUCUUACAGAUGCUCUGUAUGCAGUGCUGUACUUUGAUAUCAAUGUUUGUUCUCACUUCGAGUCUUUAAUGCUUUACUCAAUUCUACUACUGUUUUUUCACUCAGUGAGAAUUGAUUUUCAGAAAUCUUUUAAAACGGGUUUCUCUUCGUUUUGUCUCUUUUAUUUGGACUCUGGCUUCGUCAGGCGUUCCACAGCAUAUUUUGAGCAAAUCUGAUUUGUAUGAUUAUUGUUUUAUAAACUCCUUUUAAAAGUACUGUAGAAUGUUUAUGUCUAAUAUGUGAUGUAUAAUGAGAAGAAAAUAAAGUUUACAUUCUUCUGUUUUGACA